AGUGAUGGCAACAACAACUAGUGAAGAAGAAGGUGUGAAAAGCAGAUGUGAAUUCAAGUGUAUGCAUUCACUCUAUUAUGUUCUUGACUCCCAAAAUGGCUUCUCUUCUGAGAUGAUAGUUCAUCGAACGAGCUUUGAUGAAGAAUGUCGAAAAAUUCAAUAUGGAGCAGAAUUCGCAACGAGUAGUAGAGGUCGAACACCAGAAGAAGAUGCACAAAUUGAUCAUCUAAUGGAGAGUAGUCACAAGUUAGCAACCGAGACUAGCCUGAGAUUUUAUGAGUCGUGCUUGUGUCAGUCGGAUGAUCCAACGAGCUCUAACCACAAACGCCCUGCUGCACAACUUGGGGCAAAAUUCGGGUCCAAGCCAUUCUCUAGUGCAUUGGAAGUUCUGAGCUCGGACAAGGACUUGCUCGUCAUGGAAUUGUUGUCCGAGUCAUACUGCCUGCCUCAGAAUUGCAUCAACAGUCUUCAAACUGAGAAACAAGCAGUAACUCUCAAGCCUGGGCUUCAAAAGAGACAGCAUUCGGGAAGAUUCGCUUGUCAUUGCUCAUCAGGGGAGGCUGGUGAUGGAUCGAGAGUAACGUCUCUCUCUGUCAGAGAGAUCAAGAGGAAGCUGAAGCACACCUUUGGAAGCAACAGAAGAAUAGAUUCAGACCAUUUGCCUACGUUUAGACUUCCCCACGGCAGAUCCAUUUUCGGAUAUGACUGCAUUUAUAAUGGAGUUGAAACUAAUAGUCCUUUGAAUACUAACACUAAUGCAAAGGCAAGGGAAAAGGUGGCCAAGAAAGAAGCCUUCAUGAAGGUGGGAAGGGAGCCUGCUGUGGCCGGAGAGGCUGAAAUUGCGCGCAAGAAAAUAGACGUCUCAAGAGAUGUAUUGUCUGAGAAACAUGGAGUGGAUGUUGCUGCAACAAGUAGGCUGCAAAAUCCAUGGAGGGUUAUGUCUUCACUAGAAAUGGAGUCUUGCUUUAUCCCAAGAAGGGAAAGCCUAUACUUUUCUGGCUCUGCUGAAAUGAAUUUGAUCAGUCCUUCGAGGGAGAGCAUUUAUCUGAGUCCAUGUGGUGACACGACGGGUAGUACAAGCUCCUUUCUCGUCGAAGAAGAAAGGAUCACUCAAUCUCCAUACAUCAAGUUCAAUGAUAUGCCUAACGUUGCAGGAAUGGAUGACGUUCAUCAAACAGAAGCAGCAGUGAUCAGCAAUACAGAAAGACCUUCCAAGAUCAAGUUAAUGCAUUCCUUGAUGGAUUCAAUUUUAGAGAACGAGACAUUCUCAGAUGUAGCAGAUGAUUUUCCAUCUAGUCCCACAUUAGAAAUGAGUGACAACAACAAAAAUCAAGAAGAAUAUCAAAGCCCGGUUUCGGUCCUCGACCAGUUCUUCGCAGAAGACCCCAGCAGUCCAUCGAACAUGACGUUUCAAUCAGCUCGUGGAACCCUAAAACCGAAGCGCCUUCACUUUGAGGAGCACAAAUUAGCAUUUCCCUCACAAGUUAUACAAACGGAAUACGAUCCAUGCAAACACGAACAAGACUACACGGUCUCCAACUACGUUCGUUUGAUACUUGAAGCUUCGUCUCUAAACUGGGAUCAGCUCUCAGCAAUGAGGCUACUUUCCCAACAUCUGCUUCAUCCAUCCUUGUUGGAUCAAGCCCAGUUUCUGCAGUUUGACCCUCACUUCGACACUAAGCUUCUAUUUAAUCACAUCAAUGAAGUCCUGCUCGAAACGCAAGCGAUCCCACUUUUUAUCUCCAUAUUGGCCAGCAUUUGCAAAGCCAAGAAUCUGUUAUUUUCCACUGGAAGAAGCUGUAGUUGA